CUUGGGACCACCGCUCCGACCUCAGAACAACACUUUUACUCUGAUUGCACUUAACAGAAAAAAAAUACUCUGGACAGCAUUUACUACGAGGAUCCUUGAAAGUGGACGCGAAUUUUAUUUCAGACGUUUUUCUUCUUGUGUUAAGCGAAACGACAGAUUAAUUAAAAUGUGUUUUUGAUAAAUCUGCGUAUAAAAUUUCGGCAAAUGUAUUUUUCACAAAAACGGUCGAAUGCUAAAGGUAACGUUACCCUUCUGAAAAGUGAGUUGGAACGAAAAGUUAAUACUACAGCGUUAAAAAAAAAUAAGAAAGGAAGACGCGACGCUUUGUUACUAGAAUUUGUGUGGAGAAUCCUGUGUGUAAAUCCUGACAAGAAGAGUGAAAUUAGAGUUUUUAUAGAUGUUUGUUAGCAAGGUCGUUUGUCAUUAUUGUCAUUGUGUGUGGCUGUUUUUGUGUAUGUUUUUAGUUUAAUUUAAAUUUCUUUUUUUUUUUUUUUUUUAAGGACGGGGGUCCAUCGUCCGGCUCAUCCCGAGCGACGAAGUUCGUCAUCCAGGCCGGCAGGGGGCGCCCGCGCACAGCGACGCUCUUUGCGCCGCCGUGGCGGAGAAGCGUUUCCUCGGCGGUUCGCUUCUCUCAGAGUCAUAAAUCCACGAUGAAGGGGGCACUGAAGCACUGGAGGGAGGCGGCUACCGUUAUUCUGGUCGCAGGCACGAAACAGCGCGCAGCUGAUAAUGUGCUCCAGAGGCGCGGCGGAGGCGACCACGACCACGACUACAGGGUCCUGCUGCUGAAGCGCAGCGAAGCGAGCGGCUUCAUGCCCAGCGCGUACGUCUUCCCGGGGGGGGUCCUCGACGCGUCCGACUUCUCGAGCGCGUGGCUCGACGUGUUGGCGCCGUUCCGCGGCGCUCGCGGCAAGUUCGGCCUCCCGGCGGUGAGGCAGCCGCCCGACACGAGGCCGCCCAUAUUCGCCACGGACCGCUCCCGCGGCCUGGGCUCCUCCUCCUCGGUCCCCGGCGAGGUGGCGCUCAGGAUCUGCGCCGUGCGGGAGACCUUCGAGGAGUCGGGCGUGCUGCUGGUGGUGCCCGCGAAGCGCGCCUCCGUCGACGACGACGACGACGCGGGACCGCGGGAGCGCGCACGCCGGCCCGCCUCCCUCGCCGAGGCCGCGCCGCAGCCGCAGUGGGACGCACAGGUGCUCGCCCGGUGGAGGUCCCUGGUCAUAGAGGACGCGCGCAACUUCAUCCGCAUGUGCGAGCAGCUGCAGUGCGUGCCCAACAUCUGGGCGCUGCACGAGUGGGGCAACUGGCUCACGCCCGCGAACCCCACCGGCAGCGGCCGUCGCCGGCGGUACGACACGGCCUUCUUCAUGUGCUGCUUGCAGGAGACCCCACACGCGGCGCAGGACCAGAAGGAGAUCGUGCACCUGAAGUGGUCCAGUCCCAUUGAGAUCCUGCACAGCUUCCAGGCCAAAGAGAUGUGGAUCGCAGUGCCGCAGUUUUAUGAGCUGAGCCGCAUGUGCCGCCUGUCCCUGUUGGAGCAACUGCAUUCGUUUGCUCAAGAGAGGGCGCUGGAGGGCUGCGAGCGGUGGCUGCCCGUGCGCCUCUUCACUCCCGACAACUACGUGAUGCUGCUGCCAGGCGACUCCCUGUAUCAAGAGAACCUGGACAAGCGUGAACCGGGCUCGGUCAACAUGCUCACAGACAGGAGCAUAGAGGAGCUGCAGACGGACAGGGCCGCGCUGCACCGGAUCGUGUUUCGUGACCUCUUCAGCCCCACGGUGCAUAUCAACAUUACACCCAAGUACAAGCACCUCGUGCCCCUAUUCAAUUCUGCACCCCCUCGCCCCACGAAACACAGCUCCCAUCUCUGAGUAUCAUCCAACUGCCUGCUGCGAUGGGACAAUUGGGCUAGUUUUGCCAAAAAAGGUUAUGCAGUUGACUGAAUGGAGGUGGAGCAGAAAUAUAGAAUGCAUAAAAUUGAGUGCAAUAAUUUUAUAUUUUUCUAUAUGUGUAAUUAAUGUAGGUAAAAUCAGUUAUAUAAUGGGAAUGUGGAAUUAUUUUGAAUAAGAAUGCUCUUUGUCUUUUUAAGCUGAACAAUAUUUUCAAAACUGAGUUAACAUGUUUGUUGGAUUUAUUUUUUUGUUAUGAACCAUAUGGAAUUGUUUUUAUUAUCCAGCAAUUGCCAGGCCAUGUGAAAUGUCUCUAAGCAAACCUUAACAGUGUAAAUUUUUACCUCUUAUUUUGUUACAGAGCAUUUAAUUUGUUACAUAUGUUCGAUAUGAGCUGAUGUUUCACAUUACCGUAGUUUUUCAUUCUGCACACAUUUAACUGAAAGCAGAACAAAGUUGUUUCCGAGGCUGAGGGACGAUAGACAAUCAAAUUGUAGAUGCCUGAAUCUUACUGAGCGCACUGUGGACAACCGCCUAUUCACCUUUUUUUU